UUUCUGUCUCUCUCAGUUGUCUUAUUUACAGUAAUUAGUUGUUGGGCAUGGGACCUAAGACCCAUCACAGUCCCCCUUUUUGAAAGUUUAGUAAAACCCAUCAUCGUUGCUUAUAAUUUCUCCACCUACCUUGUAAAAAUCUACUAAAUCAGGGCCCCAUUUUCAAUCCCAUCUUUGUUAUCUUGCAUUUGAAUCCCUCCCUUUCCUUAUUUGAAUUCGUUCUACUUUUAGAAAUCAACUUGUUUCUACUUUUUUUUUUUUUUUUCCUUCAACUUUUUCUGGGUAUGAUUCUAUGGCUGAGAGGAAGUAGAAAAACAAAGUGAAAUUUUUUAUUCUUACCCAUUUAGGGUCUCUUUGUAAUUCUGUACCUAGAUUUGGCCUUUUUGUGCUUUAAUUGUUUGUGGCUGUGGAUUAUGGUGGUGAGAGCUGUGUUGGGUUGGCAAUAAUUCCGUUCGGAAUUUUCGUGUAACAUGUGUUUAGUGUAUUGCUUUAACUGUAACUGUAAUUGAUAUUUGAAAAGUAAGAAGGCAGGACUUUGAGGGUUUUGUCAUCAAUCAAGAGGUUGAAAAAACCAGGAGCUGUUCUCUAUCAUUUCUGACUGUUCUUCAUUGAAAGAGUUGUUAGUGUAGUUUUACUUGGCUCUUCUUUUAAUUAGAAAAUUGUAAAAGCACAUGGGUUUUCAUUUUUUCUUUUCGUUUUGAUACCUAGAAUCUAUGCUCUGAAGGGAUGCCUUUUCAUCUCAACUUUGCAUCUUUUUCUCUUUCUACUUAUUCCAAAUCUUACCUCACAAUGAAAUGUAACCUGCUUGUAAAAUGAUUUUACUAUUUGAGCAGCAGAAGAAGGCUGGGCAUAAGGAGGUAGUUGGGUUUUGGCUUUUUCCUGUUGUUGUCUUAGGUUCAUAAAAGUAGAAAUCAUAUUGUAGAGAUUUGAGUUUUAUAGUUUGGACCGUCUAAACUGUUCUUGUCAACUCGAAAGAUGAUAAUUUGAGUUUUUUUUUUUUGCUCGUUAGUUUAGUAUUGAAAUCGUAGACACUCUCCUAUUCUGUGGAUUUCUGGAUUCAUCCUUGUUUGGUAUAUGCUGUCCUUUUCAGAUUUCAUCAUCAGGGGAUGAAAUUCUCAUUCGAAAUGAUUCACCCGUUCAAUUCUAUCUUUUGCUUUCUUUUGAAAAUUGAUACAUUUACUCUUUUUACUAUGGAUUAUCAGUUUUUUCUCAUGCAGGCAGUCAUUUUCUGGUUAACUCUGUUGUUCUUUUUAUUCAUUGAUAGGUUAUCUUCACCUGAAUCUAGCUUUUGAGCCAUGGAGAAAAUUGCUUUUGAAAUCUUCACAUGUUUUUUCUGAGUUUCAUCAUUAUAUAGAUCAUAGAAGACCUUCGUAGAUUUUCCUGUUCUCUCUUGUGGAAAAUUUGGAGAAUAAACACAAGGUUAAAUGACAGUAGAUGAAGAGAGAAAGAGCUCGAUUUGGAGUCGAGAACAGGACAAGGCAUUUGAGAAUGCUCUAGCUACUUAUCCAGAGGAUGCUUCAGAUCGUUGGGAGAAAAUUGCGGUUGACGUACCUGGAAAAACUUUAAAAGAGAUCAAAGAUCAUUACGAGCUGUUGGUUGAUGAUGUUAACCAAAUUGAAUCUGGAUUCGUUCCUCUGCCCUCCUAUAGUUUUUCUUCUGAUGGGUCUCCAAGUCAUGCUAGUGAAGAGGGAAGUGGAAAGAAGGGAGACUACCAUGGGCUGGACAAUAGUGAAUCUCGUUUCGGAAGUAAAGCUCCAAGAUCAGAUCAAGAGCGUAGAAAGGGGACUGCAUGGACAGAGGAUGAGCACAGGCUAUUUCUUCUUGGUUUGGAUAAAUAUGGAAAAGGAGAUUGGCGAAGUAUCUCCCGGAACUUUGUGGUGUCGAGAACACCCACUCAAGUGGCAAGCCAUGCACAAAAGUACUUCAUUCGUCUAAAUUCAAUGAACAAAGACAGAAGGCGAUCAAGCAUCCACGAUAUCACCAGCGUUGAUAAUGGAGAUGUAUCUGCACCUCAAGGUCCAAUUACUGGUGAAGCAAAUAGUUAUGGAGGAGUAGGAGGAGGAGGAUCUACCAACAAAUCGACCAAACAGCCUCCUCAACCACCUAUUGGAUCAUUUGGUGUUGGGAUAUACGGUGCUCCAACUGUAGGGCAGCCAGUAGGAGGGCCCUUUGUUUCAGCAGUUGGCACUCCGGUUGCGGUUAAUACUCCUUCACCAGCACAUAUGCCAUAUUCAGUUAGCUCACUGGCCACUAGACCAUCGGUAAACAUGAGCCCCAUAACGUAUUAAAUCUCUCAAGCAUUUGGUGUUAGGGCAGGGCGUCCUUAAUGAUUCCAUCAAGAUUGCAUUGUGAAUGCAACCAUGUCGAGGAAAAAGUGGAGAAGAAUUUGAGAAGGUAAAGUUGGGUAUAUAUGAUCUUAAAAAAGAGGGAGGAGAAAAAGGAACCAAAUUCAAGUAAUGACUUUUUACAUGUGAUAUGUUUCUUCA